GUGGCCACAAGAGAGAGGUUCCCUGGAACAAGGUGCCUAUGUCCUACGACGUUGAGAUUCAAACUGAUGCAGCACAAUUUUACGGGGGCUACCCAGAUUGCUGUUAUGAAAUACAAGUCAGAUUUAUGAUCUUUUUCAUAUUGAACAUGAUAUGCUAUGCUAACGCUGCAUGUGACAGUUUAAUCAAAUCCAUUUGUUACCACGAAGCUAAAAGGGGCCGCUGGGAUUUUAGGAUUACGGGCAGAGUUAGGGAAGCAUGUGGCUUUGUCAUUCGCCAUCAUUUUGCACACUGCCACACUGCGAGGGGCUCUGUGUGUGCGCUCUGUCUCGUCUGGCCGCCCUCGUCCCUUCCCCCACCCCCUGCCGCCACUCCGACCCGCUCCCAAAGUGGCUUCACAAUAGUCGGUCCUCGGCAGUGUAGGCUGCGCACCAGGUCCACACUUGAGCUAAAUCCAGGAGACCCCCUUCCACUUCUACCUUGGGCUUGGUGCUCAAUGCGAAGCUGCUGCAACUCAGGCACGCCUAAGUCAACUCAUGCAGAAAAAGGAGAAAAGUUUUGGUAUACAAAUGCUCUCAGUCCAGCCAGACACCAAGCCGAAAGGUUGUGCUGGCUGCAACCGAAAGAUCAAGGACCGGUAUCUUCUAAAGGCACUGGACAAAUACUGGCAUGAAGACUGCCUGAAGUGUGCCUGCUGUGACUGUCGCUUGGGAGAGGUGGGCUCCACCCUGUACACUAAAGCUAAUCUUAUCCUUUGUCGCAGAGACUAUCUGAGGCUCUUCGGUGUAACGGGAAACUGUGCCGCCUGUAGUAAGCUCAUCCCUGCCUUUGAGAUGGUGAUGAGGGCCAAGGACAACGUUUACCACCUGGACUGCUUUGCAUGUCAGCUUUGUAAUCAGAGAUUUUGUGUUGGAGACAAAUUUUUCCUAAAGAAUAACAUGAUUCUUUGCCAGACGGACUACGAAGAAGGUUUAAUGAAAGAAGGUUAUGCACCCCAGGUUCGCUGAUCUAUCAACAUCACCCCAUUAAGAAUACAAAGCACUACAUUCUUUUAUCUUUUUUGCUCCACAUGUAUAUGAGAAUUGACACAGGAACCUACUGAAUAGCGUAGAUCUAGGAAAGCAGGAUGGUUAUAUGGAAUAAAAGGCGGACUGCAUCUGUAUGUAGUGAAAUUGCCCCAGUUCAGAGUUGAAUGUUUAUUAUUAAAGAAAAAAGUAAUGUACAUAUUGCUGGAUUUUUUUGCUUGCUAUUCGUUUUUGUGUCACUUGGCAUGAGAUGUUUAUUUUCGACUAUUGUAUAUAAUGUAUUGUAAUAUUUGAAGCACAAAUGUAAUACAGUUUUAUUGUGUUACCAUUUGUGUUCUGUUUGCUUCUUUGUAUUGUUGCAUUUAGUACAAUCAGUGUUUAAACUUACUGUAUAUUUAUGCUUUCUGUAUCUACCAGCUAUUUUAAAUGAGCUGUAACUUUCUAGUAAAGAAUUGAAGAGCAAAUCUCACUAAUGAUACACAUAUAGAUAAAGCAAGUCUAUCAACAUUAAAAUACUAAGAAAAAAAAAGAAAUGAAGACACACACAAAGCAUUUUAGCAACAUCCACUAUUAUUGCCGCUAUGAUUUAGUCUAUCAGUGUUCUCAUUAUAACCCCCGAUUUUCAGGGGGUUAAAGAUCAGCUUUAAAAAAUGCAUAAAAAUUUCAUCUUAAAGCACUUUCAUUUUAUACCAACGUGAAAAGUGCCAUUUUUAGAAUAACUUUAAAGCUUAGCAGUUAUCCUUUUAAUAUCCUUUGUGUGUUUGUGUGUGCUCUUUACCUACACAAUGGCUUUGUUUCUUCUUUUUUGGUUGUGUUUUUUUUUUUUCCAGCCACUUACCCUUAUGUAAACUAGUGCCUUUGGGUAUCAUGAAAAAUUUGUCCAAAGGGUUACUUUAGACAAGUGUUACCACAAUUAUGAGAUAAUUUUAAAACGAUAAAUUUCUUGUACAAAUUUUGCCCAGAUUUCUCCCUAAGAGCUUAGGGUUUAAUAACUUCAUGGCUUGAUAAAUUUCUGGCACUGAAAGGAUUUGAGUGCAAAUCUACUGAACCACGAUAAUGCACACUGAAGCUAUGAUGAUAUUUGAGUUGUGAGCUUACUUUUUUGAUCAGAGCAACAUAGUGCUUACAGAAUCUUCUAGAAGAAGAGAAACAAAGGGAUUGUCAAAGAGCUGAGAACUGGUGAUUAUAUAUUUUUCUGUAUUUACCUGACACUUAUUUUAAUGUUCAAAAGUGAAGACUUUAAAAGUUUGACAUGUCUUACUCUUACUGCUUUCUUGAAGUAGUUACCCACUCAGAAUAUAUCACACUUAAGGCUGAAAUCUGUCAUGCCAUUUUUUAAAGGUGAAAAAUUAUUCCCUUACCAACAUGAUAGAUGAGAAAGAAGAAAGCUUUCUAGAAACAAAUUAUGGAGACCGAUUUUUUCAAUUACAAUUAAGGAAAUAAAAAUAAGACUAUGAUCCCUUCUUCUGGGUUGCUCACACUUUGCUUCUUUGCUUCUGCUCCCUGUAAUAGAACUACUUUUCAACAAAUCUAAUUCGACACGGGCACAGUGAAACAUAUUUUGCUACAGAAAAUUUAGUGCUGUGGGUUUUCUUUUGUCUUUUCUUUUCUUUUCUUUUCUUUUCUUUUCUUUUCUUUUCUUUUCUUUUCUUUUCUUUUCUUUCUUUCUUUCUUUCUUUCUUUCUUUCUUUCUUUCUUCCUUCCUUCCUUCCUUCCUUCCUUUCUUUCUUUCUUUCUUUCUUUCUUUCAUCACUUGUAUAGGAAACACUAUUUCCCAGUGUUAUUUGCAUACAUAUUUUGUCCUGCCAAUAGACGCAUUGCAGAUGAAAAUUAAAUGUGAUACCUGAAUUCUUGGUUUGGGGCCAAAAUAUUAAACUGAAAAUAAUGCUGGUGUGGAUUUGUUUUAAAACAAAGCUUUAUUAUGAACAUGCAUGUGAAUCUGGAUAUUGCCUCUCAUUUUUAAGAAAUGGUUCUGUGAAAAGUGAAUGAUAUGUAUUUUUACAAAUACUUCAUGGUUAAGAGUGUUCAAGUCACAUGUCCCCCAGAUUUGAGAUAUAUCAAAAAAAAAAAAAUUCCAAAAAUAGCUAUUUGGGGCCCACAAAAUAACUAUUAUUUUAGCCUUAGAGCCUUACAUUUGUUUCAUGAUAAGACUUGCAUAGCCAAAACCAAAACCAAACCAAACAAAAGGUGGGGUGGGAGGCAGAGGAUACAUGAAAAGUGGUUUUUCUCAAGCAGCCCUGUGGGCCCCCAUUAAGAGGUGUCGGGAAUUCAUGUGGAUGUCAAAUUGUAAUUGCCAGUAUCUUUUUCAAAUAAUCAUUUUUAGAUUUAAAUGGUUUUGCAUAUGUUUAUCAAUUUGUCAAAAUACUUGUAAAUUGGGAACAAACUUCUUAGCUCCUGGAAACUGUUCAAUUAUCCUUGCCACCCAAAGAACAAGUUUUUACUGCCUUUUCUUUUCCCAAAUCCUCCAGGAAUUAAUUCUUAUGGAUUUUUACUACAAGCAAAAUUACUCACCUGGAUUAAAGAUUAAGGCCUUAAUCUCUUUAGAUUAUCUCUAAUCUCCAUGAAAUUGUGAAACCAGACAAAAAUGGGUCAUUUUAUAGCUAAUUGCCCAUAGACAGUAGCAUUUUUGACCUGAAGUACUAAGCUAAUUGUCUUGACUACGCAAAGUCCCUGAAUUGUCAUCACCUUUCCUCUUUGUGUUGUGUAGCCCUGACGUCACUUAGCUUGCUGCCCAAUGCCUCCAGUAGGACAUCUCCAACAGAGCUUUGAUUUCUCAAACAGUGAAAGCUCCCCUCCUAACACGCAUCUCGGAGAGGCUGCCUAUGAUGAAGGAGCAGGCACCUCGCUCCACCAGAGUGCUGGUUGAGUUUAAAAGCUGACCUGUGUUUGUAAUUUCACUUUCAUCUUGCUUAAUAAAUAUCUGCUGGAUUCUUUCA